AUGUUCUCCCAACCUGGCUUAUGGGUACUAUGCCUAUCUCUUGGGCUGCUUCAAGUCAUCUCAGCGUCGCCUUUAGUUGCUCCACAGCCAGCCGCUACUUGCUCUGCACGCGACCUUGCUAUUGUUCGGCGUACGGUUUCUGACCCUGUAUACUUCUGUAAAUGGUGGCAAGCCGAGUAUGAAUUGAGUCUCUACCACAUGAAGAUUGGCUCUAAUCAAAAGCAGUUUUCUGUACACGAAGUUGACACACUCUGCACGUGUAUCUCGCCCAUCUCCAAGGCUCCUUCAAGCAAGCACAAGCGAGCCGAGCCGACGGAAAUAAGUCCUGUCUUCUCAAGAAGCGGCACCACUGCCGUUUGCAGCCUCAAAGUGAGCCGGGAGUUUACAGAGCCAUGGCACUUCUGUACCUUCUUCAACGCCUAUCCAAGGACUACAUCCCCUUUUAGAGCUUACAACGCUAAAGAAUUGAAGACUCUUUGCGAUUGUGUCUUGGGCAAAGUUGUCUCAUCAACAAGCAAGAAGACAUCCACCAACAUCCAUGACCAGCAAAAGUCUAUUCAAAUUAGCACACGAUCAUCUUCGAGCACCAGAAAAUCAUCUUCGAGCACACGACCAUCUUCGAGCACCGGAAAAUCAUCUUCGGGCACCAGAAGAUCAUCUUCAAGCAGCAAAAGCUCAUCAUCAACUGUCAAGACCUCAACUUCCAUGACCACCAAGACACCAACAAGCUCAAAAGCAACGUCUUCCAGCAUCAGGUCAUCCAGCUUGUCAAAGAAAACUUCGAGCACUCAGGCGGCUUCUGCAACCUCAGAAUUAUCAUCAAGCACUCGCAAGGCCUCUCUGACAAGCUCGAGAGCCACGGUAGCUUCGACGCCGAAAUCAUCCUCUAGCCAUAGAAUCUCGUCGAGUUUGAUCUCUUCUAAAGUUUCCGACAGCAUUAUCCUGCCCAGUCUGAUUAUACAAACAACGAGCUCGAUAUCAACGUCUCUGUCAUUGACAAGGUCUCCAAGCUCAAGCGCAUUGAUCUCUUCAUCCAUCAUCAAAACUCCCUCGACAACCCAGACCAGCUCUUCAAGUGAUAAAAGCUCAACUAUUGAUGGUCUGCCGACAAUUGCCGCUUCUGUGACUCUUGUCACUUCCAGCACUGCCAGUGUCAGCGUCAACGGUAACAGCUCAGCUCCCGUAACAUCACUUGCAGUCACUCCCAUCACUGCUACAAGCUCUGUUCCUGAGUUCACAACCACGUCAGUCAGCUGCGAUGGUCUUCUUUGUGUCUCAGUAGGCAUUGGUUCUUCCACGACCAGCACACUUGGUGCCAUUCCAACCGAUGACACCGAUCCUGCAGAAUCACCUGCUCAGCCUACAACCACAGAGACGUCGACGAUUGAGACCAGCCUGCCUACCACAACAACAAGCUUAAGCCCUGUCUGUACUCCAACCCCAAUCAACACAUCUUGCGAUGACGGCGCCAAGUUCUAUCUCAUGGCUUCCAGUGGUGACUUGGGGGUCAACGGACAAUACGCUAUAAAUAAUGCCGGAACCAUGGAGAUUACCGCAGACUACACCUCGGCAGAUGGGUUCUGCCUGGGCAGUGACAACAGUCUCCAGUGGGCCAUUGGUAUAGGCGGUAGCGGAGGACCUCCUGCUGUCAAGUCUACCGGUACAAAUCCGAUCGAGUUCGCCACCACGGGCACCUCCUUGAGUUGCGCAGCUGUCUCGAACGAGGAUUGCACUUUCACGCUACAGUGCAACUGGGAAAGCGAUUAUAGAACGGUUGUGGACGGCUACAACUUCAACAUGCUGUAUUUGACCGAUGACACGGACGAUGAUUAUGGGGGUGAUAAUCUUUCGACACCGGUAAACCUCAUUAUCCAGGCCUGA